AUGGCAGGCAACUCUGAUAACGAGCGGCCAUCUCGGCGAGAGAACCGUGACCAUGUUGACCCUAUCCAAAACCCGCAAAGUGUGAAACCACAAUAUGGUCUAGCAGGAGCUGACCGCAACCCAUCUCCUCCCCAGUUGUCGUACUACAGAGCUCCCCGCAGCAUACGUGAACCCCAACCUCAAGGUCAUACAGCUACUCCUCCGGAUUCUAAGGUUUACGGCGCUCCACCCUUUCCACCGACGCAGUCACCUUACUACUGUAAUUACCCAACUGAAACCAUGAGCUCACAUACGCAGAAGCCUAGAGCUUAUUUCCAUCCGCAGCUGGGUUCGACAGAUCGAUUUGAUGGGAGAUUUGGAUACCGAGAAUCGAGUUUGAAGGAGGGGGUAUCGAACUCGUCGGGUCCAGUACCGAGUCAGCGCAGCACAUCUGCUCUUAGUCGUUUCACCACGCUAGAAGAUGAGUACGCAACUUUGUAUCGAAAACGCCAUGAAAUCGGUGUACAAAUGGAGGAUAUCAAGAGGAGCCUUACAGCAGAGCGAUACACUGCUUUGAUGGCAGAGCUAAAUCCCCAAGAGCUUGUAACGUUGAAAACAUAG